AUGGCUGAUAAAAAGUAAUAAGGUUAAGCAAAACCAGGAGUAAAAUUCUGGGAUCAACCAGCAAGUAUCUAGUAAGUGGAAAACAAACCAUAAGUAAUUUACAAGAAUGUAAAGGAAUAAAGCAUUAAAGUGAUUUAAUAAAGUAACAGUUUUGAUUGAAUUCAAGUAUAAAAAUUAUUUAAAAUAUACUCUGCAUCAGAUCCUUAAUGUGUAAGGAAAGAUACAGCCUAAUCUUUAAAAUUCUUACUUGCAUAAUUAAGAGAUUUUAUGUAAGUGUUGUAUAUAGUGACUUUUGAGGAUAAGAAUUCAAAUUAUUAUCUAAUAUAUAAUGGAACAAUUUAUAUUUUUGACCUUUGUAGAGUCUUGAGAAAAGUAAAUAAGUUCAUAGAUAAUAACUUUUGUUUUACUAUCAUUUACUCUUAAUUUACUUUUGUGUUUUCUUAAAGUUAUUAUGAUAAUAAGACAAUCCCUUGA